ACUGGUUGCUGAAUUGCUCUCGGAGUGUGGCGUCUCCUACACUCACCUUAAUGCGUUGUCACCUUUUCGAAAGCGAAAGCACGUGCGUGGAUCGGCGCAGCGCAACAGGGGCAUUGAGUGGAUCCGCAACCACCCUCUUCCAUACAACGAAAAGGGCAUCGUUUUCUUCGCUGAUGACGACAACACUUACGACCCGCGGAUAUUCACGGAGAUGCGCUCUACUGAGCUUGGCUCCACCUGGCCAGUCGGACUCGUGGGUGGGAGUAUGUGGGAGGGAUGCAUCACCGAUCCCAACAACAGAAGCAAGAUAGUCGACUUUUGGAGUGUCUGGCGGCCAUAUCCCCGGCGGCUGUUUCCUUUCGACAUGGCUGCUUUUGCGGUUAAUGCGCGUCUCUUCACCCUCUUCCCUACAGCUCGGUUCGACUACAAAAGAGCACAAGAACAGGAGGGUUAUAUUUUGUCCCAGUUGGGCUUCCGAAGUGCAUUCGAUUUGGAGCCACGGGUAAACGGAUGUUCCAAAGUGAGCACUAUACAUUCUACUGAUGAAUUGUAA